AAGAAGAAGCAGAAGAAGAGGCCUACUCUAGAAUGGGGGGCAAUCGAGUGCUCGCUCUUCUCCAUUAACUCAGUGAUCGCAACUUUUGAUUUAUAUCGAUGCUGGUUUAAGGUAGAACCGCUUAUCCCGUUACCGCAUGUGUUACGUGACAUCGAAGACCAAAAAUAGUCGGCGAGCGAUUGAACUGUGGAGAAAAAGAAGUAAAAAACGAUGUAUCCCAUUGCAGCAGCUGGUGCUGCUGAGCCGAUUCAGGGACAUCAGUCCCCAGAUGUUUCUGAUCCUCCUCCAGCACCAGAGUAUGUCUUCAAACCGCCUCAAAGGCCAGACUUUGGCACAAUGGGUAGGACAAUCAAGCUUCAGGCCAACUUUUUUGAAAUGGAAAUACCCAAAUUGGAGGUGUUCCAUUAUGACAUAGACAUCAAGCCUGAGAAAUGCCCACGGAGAGUUAACCGCGAAAUUGUUGAGCACAUGGUCCAGCACUUUAAAACGCAGAUCUUUGGCGAUCGAAAACCUGUGUAUGAUGGGAGGAAGAAUCUCUACACUGCCAUGCCUUUACCCAUUGGAAGAGACAAAGUCGAGCUGGAAGUCACUAUUCCAGGGGAGGGAAAAGACAGAAGCUUUAAAGUAGCUAUCAAAUGGGUGUCCUGUGUGAAUCUGCAAGCUCUACAUGAAGCACUCUCCGGACGGCUCCCAAAUAUCCCCUUUGAGACCAUUCAGGCUCUGGAUGUUGUCAUGAGACAUUUGCCCUCUAUGAGGUACACCCCAGUUGGCCGUUCAUUUUUCACUCCCUCCGAGGGAUGCUCUAACCCUCUGGGCGGAGGACGAGAAGUUUGGUUCGGCUUCCAUCAGUCCGUUCGGCCAUCCCUUUGGAAAAUGAUGCUUAACAUUGAUGUGUCUGCCACUGCGUUCUACAAAGCUCAACCUGUGAUUGAGUUCAUGUGUGAGGUAUUGGAUUUUAAAAGCAUCGAAGAGCAACAGAAGCCCUUAACAGACUCCCAGAGAGUGAAGUUUACCAAGGAGAUCAAGGGCCUAAAGGUGGAGAUCACUCACUGUGGACAGAUGAAGAGGAAAUACAGGGUGUGUAAUGUGACCAGGAGACCAGCCAGCCAUCAGACGUUUCCCCUACAACAGGAGAACGGUCAGACCAUUGAAUGCACUGUCGCACAGUACUUCAAAGAUAAAUACAAACUGGUGCUGCGAUACCCACAUCUCCCAUGUUUACAAGUUGGUCAGGAGCAGAAGCACACCUACCUUCCACUGGAGGUCUGUAACAUAGUAGCCGGGCAAAGAUGCAUCAAGAAACUGACAGACAAUCAGACCUCCACUAUGAUCCGUGCCACAGCCAGGUCUGCACCUGACCGUCAGGAUGAGAUAAGCAAACUGAUGAGAAGUGCCAACUUCAACACGGAUCCUUAUGUACGUGAGUUUGGCGUCAUGGUGAGAGACGAGAUGACCGAGGUCAAUGGUCGGGUCCUUCAGGCACCUUCAAUUCUCUAUGGAGGAAGGAACAAAGCAAUAGCAACUCCGGUCCAGGGUGUGUGGGACAUGAGGAACAAGCAGUUCCACACAGGAAUUGAGAUCAAAGUGUGGGCCAUUGCCUGCUUUGCUCCACAGAGGCAGUGUACAGAACUCCUCCUAAAGGCAUUUACAGACCAGCUUCGUAAGAUCUCUCGUGAUGCUGGGAUGCCUAUUCAGGGCCAGCCGUGCUUUUGCAAAUAUGCCCAGGGAGCAGACAGUGUUGAACCUAUGUUCAAGCACCUCAAAUACACAUACCAGGGCUUACAGUUAGUGGUGGUCAUUCUGCCUGGAAAAACACCAGUUUAUGCUGAGGUGAAGCGUGUUGGAGACACUGUUCUUGGCAUGGCCACACAGUGUGUCCAGGUAAAGAAUGUCCAGAAGACCACACCUCAGACCCUUUCCAACCUUUGUCUCAAGAUUAAUGUAAAACUGGGUGGAGUGAACAACAUUCUUCUUCCCCAGACCAGACCCUUGGUAUUUCAGCAACCAGUCAUCUUUCUGGGUGCAGAUGUGACUCACCCCCCAGCUGGAGAUGGCAAGAAACCUUCUAUUGCUGCCGUGGUCGGCAGUAUGGACGCCCACCCAAGCCGAUACUGUGCCACCGUGCGAGUACAGCAGCACCGUCAGGACAUCAUUCAGGAUCUGGCUGCCAUGGUGAGAGAGCUGCUCAUCCAGUUCUACAAAUCCACACGCUUUAAACCCACACGCAUUAUCUACUAUAGAGAUGGCAUCUCUGAGGGGCAGUUCAACCAGGUUCUGCAACACGAGCUCUUGGCAAUCCGUGAGGCCUGCAUCAAGCUGGAGAAAGAUUAUCAACCAGGAAUCACCUUUGUAGUAGUCCAGAAGAGACAUCACACCAGGCUCUUCUGCAUGGACAGGAAUGAACGGGUUGGAAAAAGUGGCAAUAUCCCCGCUGGCACCACAGUUGACACCAAAAUUACUCAUCCAUCUGAGUUUGACUUUUACCUUUGCAGUCACGCCGGAAUUCAGGGAACCAGCAGGCCCUCCCACUAUCACGUGCUAUGGGAUGACAACCAUUUCACCUCUGAUGAGCUGCAAGUUCUCACCUACCAGCUGUGCCACACCUAUGUUCGCUGCACCCGCUCUGUCUCAAUUCCUGCACCAGCUUAUUAUGCCCACCUGGUGGCGUUUCGUGCACGCUACCACUUGGUUGACAAGGAACAUGACAGUGCGGAGGGCAGCCAUACAUCAGGUCAGAGUAACGGCAGAGAUCAACAGGCAUUGGCCAAAGCUGUCCAGAUACACCAAGACACACUUCGCACCAUGUACUUCGCUUGAACACCGCAAGACACAAGCUCCAAAUCCUCAAAAACAGCACGGUGUGUGUGUGUGUGUUUGUAUUUGUGUGUACAAAUAGAAAGAUAUGAGGUUAGGUUUCCAAAUGCUAAAAUGACUUUUAAUAUCAUGUCAUGAAUUGUUAGAGCUGUAAGAUGUGAAUUUAGUCAUUUCUUUUAUUUUCUUUUAUUUGGUUUGGUGGGCAUGAUUGUGUAUCUCAAUACAUGUGCAUGUCAAAUUAGGUUAACAUGUUUACAUAGUCAAUCCAAAAAUUCAGACUAUUUUUACACUGAAAGAGACAUUUGCAUGGGGAUUCAGUUUUUAAUGGCCAAGGCUGGUUUUGGAGACUUUUGAACAGUAGUUUUUACAAACCCGUCAAACCAAUGGGUCAGGGUUAGUUAAGGACAACGCAGAUCAGGUUUAGGGGUCGUGGGCGAUGCAGUUUCCACACCUAAAUUAUUUAUCAGCAAAGCAAGUGCACUGACCAGAAGAGGACUUCAGGACAAAAGUACUUAUCCUGUUUUGUUUCAUUUAUGUGUGCUAAUAUGAAUUUAUAUCUUGGUGUCAUUUAUGUUCAAUCUAAGCUCAGUCAACCUACUGUACUUGUCCUUCAACGACACAAUCGGUCGAACAUUAUCACUAUCAAUAUAUGCUUAACAUUUUUAAAGAAGCCCAGAAUCAAAUUCGGAUGUGAGAAUGUAGGAAUUGUUGUGACAAUCAGUUUUCUGGCUCUCCUCUAUAUACCCGAGCCAGUAUUCUCAGUGUGGAAAUGGCUCUUUUAAAAUGGAUAUGUGUUCAUACAAGUAUUGUCCUGCAAAAUACUAUUAACUUUAGAGCAUUUAUAUGAUGAGAUUAUCUUGUAUGUACGUCAAUUUUUACUGCCAUUCUUCUCACGUCCGCCGUGAUUGUAACAAUUCAAAGGUGUGGGUGGGUGGUUAUAUAAACUUUAUCUUAUUUUUUUUUUACAUCAAGUAAGAAAAAUGUAUCUUAUUUUACUUUGUACGCGUUUUAAUUUCAAAAGUCCAGAAUAAUUCCCUACGCGAAAAAAAUGAGGCCAGUUAUGUGCUGUUUGUUUGUUUCCAGUGGUGAAGUUUGACUGUACUAUGCCAAUGAAGUCACCACACUCCAUCCAACAACACAGACCUUAAGGACAAAGAGAGAGAGAGAGAGAAAGUGAAGGUUUAAGGAUAAUACAGAUGUCAGUCGCAUUGUUCAGAGAGACACGACGAAGUUACGAUUCCAUACAAAUUUCAAAUGCACCUUAGUUUUUUACUCAGAUGGCCUAUAACUUGGACGUAUGAUGAUGAUGAUGAUAAUAAAUGUGUUUUUUUUAUAUAUAAGACCUUUUUGGGAGUUCUGUAAAGUCACAAGUUGGGCCAACAGGCACGUGGUUGUUAGCUUUCGUUGAUUAAUUUAGGUUUAGUCAAAAUGUAUCCAAACGUAGUUGGAGUUGAAGCGCAAUAUAUUGUAUAUGUUUUUGUGUACCGUUUUAGCGUAAACAGGUUUGUGCCCUCUAAAGCAUAUCAUGACGUGUAGUGAUUAUCUAUCGAGUGUUGUUAGUCAUUAGCUGUAAAUCACUUUCCCAUAUAACGCUUCGUUUUAACUUGAAAUUUUGGGACUUUUUAACCAUCUUUUUCUAACUAUGCAUUCUUAUCCGAGAGAUUUUAGUGGUUUGUUUGUGUAUAUGAAUUAUGAACAUUUAUAAUGUAGUCAUUUACAUGCUGGGUACUUUUAGUAGUGUAUAUAGUGCAAACCCUGUACCCACUGUAGCAGUAUUAGCAUACGAAAUACUCUAUUUUUAAUACCAACAAUUGGAUGUUCUUUAUAUGGUUCUCAAUUAUUCCUGUUAGCCAAACAAGAUUACACGUACUUGUAGUUACUGUCCUGCCGUAACUGAAGCACAAUAGGACAUAAUUGUAGGUGCUAGAGUUUAUUCUUUAUUUUUAAAUCUUCACCUUUUAAAACAAAAUCAUAGAGUGAUCGGAGAGGUUCAUGGAUGCGUUUAAUUUUGGAUCCGAGAAAAUUUUGAGGACAUUUGACCUAUCGUUUUCAGUCAGUACUAAACUAUUUAUAAUGGGCAUUUUAGUUUGUUUGUUUGCAUAAUUAACUACUUAAGUUGUUGCUGUUAUCUGGUGCUGGUCUCGCAACUCGUGAAAGUAGAUGCACUUUGAAGAGCAAUGGACACAGACCCCUUAGAUCUGGUAAAAACCUUCAUGUGGAACACGAGUACGAUUUCUGAGUGUAGUUGUGUGGAAAUGACUAGAUGUCCUACCUCUUGUUACCUGUUACUUGCAUUAUGGUAACAUUACCGCACUGGUCAUUUCCUCAUAAUUACACAAAUGGAAAAGUCUUAUUUUUGUUUCUCGGAAUGUUUCUUGUUAAGUGCUCUAAAAUGGCAUUUUUAUUUUUCAUCGUCGUUACUUUAGAGGCCAUACUGUGUACCGUUUUAUUGGAAAGCGUUUAAGCUACGCGUUUAAAGCUAACGUUGAGUGCUGCAAGUUUUUCAUGGAUCCAAAAGAAUAUCAUUUGCUUUCGAUGAAUUAGUGGCUUGAUGUUUUAAAUGUGCACCGUUUACUACAAAUACAAUGCAAAUGUAUAGUCUAAAUCCCAGUUGUAUUAUUUUUCUGACUUUUAAAUUGUUAGUAUAUUCAUGUACUUUAUUUAGAUGUGUGUCUUAUAGCUUUUUUUCACUUUAGAGUUAGUAGUUUUUAUCACUUAGCGGCAGCAAUCACAUAAAGUUGAUUACAUAUAUACACACGCAUAUUCUUUGGAAGCAUCAGACUUCCUCUUAGUAGUAGAAAACUUCAUGAACUGCUUUGACAUUUUCAAAACGUUGCUGAUUUUUUUUUUACUUUGAAACCCGCACCUUAGUCAAAGGUCUACAACAUAUGCAAUUUCUCAACUAUGAAAUAUGGGAUGUUUUUGCACUAUCAAAAGAGAUGUUACCAAUUUGCAUGCUGAUGGUCAGAUCCCCAUCAAUUUUAGACUAGACUGCAGAGAUAAGAAGGUCUUACACUAUGCAAAAUUUCUUUUCCAUUCAUAGCAGUCGCUCUUAUGUAUUCUGUUACUUUUGAAAUAGUUUAGAAAUCAUCAGAUCAUGUGUAAAAUCUAUGCCACAUACCAAAUUGAAGUGGUUUUAAGCACACUUGUCAGUCCCCCCUUAAGACUCACUGUAAUGUUCAGGGGGAUUUUUCAAUUAAAACAAUUGAAAUGUAAUAUCUCUGCAUGCAUUGAGAAUGGGCUGAGGGUGAAGGACAGAAUAUGGUGCUGAUUUCAUACAGACCCUUGCAUCAAUCUAUCACGCAGCAUCUUAAUUUUAACUCCUUAGAGGCACAUACAGUGUUAACUGAUUUAAAAUCAAUGCCCUAGAUUUCCAUAGACGCUUAUAAUUAUACCUGUCUAUGUUCUCCUUCAUCUUUUUUUACAGUAUGGUAUUUUGCUGCUUGAGUGAAGCGUAUUUGUAUAUUGCUUGGCUUAGUAUCUUUACCUCGAUGUGGGGUUAGCGUGUCCACAUGCCUCUUCACUUCACACACAUGGUUUGAUUAAUAGUUUUACAUGCUUUUACUUUCUAACUUGGCACCCCCUUUGUUUGGGUAAAAAAAAUUUUUUAAUUGUUAAUGCUAGCAAAUGGCCAAUUUCACCUAGAGGGUUUUAUUUACCCCAUGAUCAUCAAAAUAUAUUUUUCAACUUAAAUUAAUAGGUUGCUCAUUUAUUUCCAUUAGAACUUUGCACUAUGGCAGUCCGCGGCAGAAAUGUAAGCCUCUCUACAUCAGUGAUAGUUUUGUUACUGUACUUUUUGCUUUUUCAUUUCUUAUUUUUGAAAGAUUAUUACCUUCUGACCUGCUUACACCACACGGAUACUAAAACAAACAGUUCGAAUGUACGUCAUAUGCUUACAUACUGGUCUGAAUAUUCACAUCAUCAUUCGCGUUUAUUUGCUCCACUUUGCAAAUCGAAAGCAGCAUCAAGCCUAAUGAUUCAAUGAUGCUGUUGCGUUUGAUGAACUAAAUUGAGCGCUAUUUGUGGUGCAGUACUGUAAAAAGUGUACAUAAGGCAAAGCUUGUUCGUGUUUUUGCCAUGUGCUGCUUUUAUGUUUGCCAGAAUUCCCAGUUAUAGUUUCACCCAAGACCCAUUGUAUUACCAGUAAACAUUGGGUGAUGGUCCAGUGAUCAUGACAGUGGCUCACAAAUAAUUACAGAUUUAUUUGGGCAUGACAGCAUACAAGUGUAUCAAAACACUUUUGGCUUUUUUCCAUAUUUCCAAGUGAAAAGUCUAACAUGACCAAACCAGUUGCGAGGUGUAAAAGUAUUGUUAAAAAGAGCACAGUACUGUUAGUUGUCAUUUUACAGGCUAAUACGUUAUUUAUUAAAAUAUGAACAUGCAUGUAAGAUGGAAAUAAUAGGAUUUUGAGACUGAUUUAUUAGACAAAAUGAGAGAAUCUUCAUAACCUGGCUUUUUAAACCAACUACCUCAGAAUGGUGUCAGGUGCUAACAAUAAAUAUCCCUUAUACAUAUAUGUAUAUGUGCUCAUGGCAAAGAUCAAUAAUUGUGACCAAACAACACAAGCGUAUGCUGUGUAUUAAGUGUUUUAUUUCUUUUCUUUUUUUUUACAAACAUUUGUGGUGGAUCAACAUGAGGGAUGUUUCAGCAUUUAACAAAAUCGCAGGGGACCAAAAUAUGGAAAGUUUCCCUUUUUAAAAUGUAGUGAUAUUUAAAUACUCAUCAGCUUUUAGAUAUAGGUUGUGUCUUAAAUAGCUGUAUUCAUGCAUCAGACUGUUGUUUGCUAUUGUUUCCACUUGUGGAGUGGAGCUCAAAUCCUCCGGUUGGAUCUAUGGAGAGCAAUAGCUCUGAAUUGGAUUGAAUCAAGUUUUCACAAAAGUUUGGGCAGAUAGAUUCAGGCUGUGAUAUUGCCAAAAGAAAACAUAGAGGUUGGUGUAGUUUCAUCAGAUUGGGGCCUUUGGUCUGGAUAGAGAGUCUUUUGAUUUGGGAUGUGACAAUGUCAUUCAUAUGUUUAUCACUAAGCAUUGUGCCAUAUUACGGAUAACAUACUGGAUAAGAAAUGUCCUCUGACCACUGUUUUGUGUUUUAAUAUGUGUAGUCCACAUUUUCUUAUGAAGCAGCUCUUCAACCUGUGUCAAAUGGCAAUCUAUCAUUGAGUUUGAAUGUUUUCAGAAUGUUACAGUUUAUACUUGAUUCUUCUACUUGAUUUAAAUCCAGUAUUGCAAUAAAGAGUUUGGAGAUGUUGGUCACUCGAUAGAUCCUGAUUUGGUUUAUGAACGUUCCACAGGGUGGGGUCUCAGAUAAGCUAUUUGUAUUUAAACAUUUUCAUUUAAGAUUUUGGAGUGCUAUUCAUGGCAAUCAAAGUGUGUUUUUACCUUGCUACAUUUUAUGAAGGGAAUUCAGUUUUGUUUUAAUGUCUCUCAAACUCUGAUUUUGGAUACAAUCCAUUGUGAUACACUGGCAUUUGAGUUUCUUGAGAUCAUUUGAUGAAAUUAAUAUGGUACAAAAGAGGUUGUGUGAAAUAAAAUCUAGAUUUUGGUUUUCAUUGGUAAUCUUAUAAAACGUCCGGCUUGUUUUUGUUGUAUGUGUGCCUUUUCGUUUUAUUUUUUUUAUUUUUUUUAUUUAUCCCACUCCUGAUUGAUGGACUGUGCUUUUAAUUUGACACUCAGCUUCACAUCAAAUAAUUUGUACAUUUAUCAUGCAACCUUGAGUGAAUGCUGCAUAGAUUGAUCAGUAUUUGUAUUUUGCACUUUCUAAGCAGUUUAAAGGAUGCCCUUUGUAAUUGGGCAAACAGACAAAGAGAAUUUAAGACGAGGUAUUUUCUGCUACAAUAGGAAUUCUAAGGAACCGUGACUUGUUGGCUUUUCCGAAAAUAAAGUGUAUAGUUGUGAAGUACCUCAAAAGCCUGAUAAAUGCUGCAUAAAGUUCAUUUAUUGUUUUUUUUUGUGAACCUCAUUUAUAUGACAGUUUUUCCCUAUGCACUGUAAAAAUAAUUCCUUGUUGCAAUUUUUAAGUUUAAACAACUUGAAUUAACAAGUCAUUUCAACUUACUUGACUACUAUGGAGUUGGUAUAAAUAGAAAACUAAAGUUUAAUAGGCUUACGUUAUUACAACUUUAUUUUUAUAAUUUAUAGCAACAAUAUCUAAAUCUAUAUAGUCAAAAUACACUUUAAAACCUAACAGUUAACUUAACUCAAACCAUUUAGGUAAACCGGUUGCAUUAGGCCAUUUAAGUUUUAAAACACAUAAAUUUAAGUACUGUGAACUUGAGUCAUUUGCAAUAAUGCACUUAUAUUUAAGUAGUGUGAACUUGAAUAUAAGUGCAUAACUGCAUAUGACUUAAUUUAAGUUCACAGUACUCAAAUGUAUGUGUUUUAAAACUAAUGCAUCCGGUUUACUUAAAUGGUUUGAGUUGAGUUAACUUUUAGGUUUUACAGUGUAGUUGAAAUGCCUUACUAAUUCAAGUUGUUUAAACUUAAAAAUUUAAGUAAGGAAUUUUUACAGUGUAGGGGGUUUGAUGGCCACACAUGUUGUGCAAGAACCUUCAAAAUGAUUUGCAAAUCGCCACAACCUUUUAAAAAAAAGGUUUUUUUUUACCACAUUCGAUUGUUGGCUAAAAAGGGUAUCAGUAAUGCACAGAUGAUCUAAUUGACAUUAUAGUAAACCUUUUUUUUUUAGAUUUUUCAAGUGUCUAGCUUUAGCAUUGCCCAGUUGAUCACAGCUAUUGGAUAUGUAGUGAUGUCUUGCAGUCAAAAGUUACAGUUGACUCAGGUAUUGCCAUGUAAGGGCUGUAUCUGUUAAUGCCUCUUCCCUUAUUUCCCUCACCUGUGUCUUAAUGUAGCCUUAGAACUGCAUUUAUGGAAACAACAUUAUGGAGAAUAUCUGGCCUUAAAGGUAUGCACUGUUAACCAGAACAUGCAAGUCACUACACAACAGGCCAUACGUUUUUGCCAUUAAAACUACCUCCUAUGUAAGAGUGUCCUGGAGCAGACAGAUGUGUCUUUAGUUUCUUUCUAAAUAGUACUCCGUAAACUGACAAUCAUCUUCAAUGCAUUUCUUUCUCAUGCCAUAGUUUAAAAAAUUUUUUUGUGAAUUAUAAACAGUUAAAAUUCCGGGACACUUCAGUUUAGUUUGUGUAGUUUGAUUUACUUUAUAUUUUUGAAAACCAUCUCCAUGUUUGCUUUAUAAGAGCCAGACGACCAAAGUUUCUAUUUGAAGGUUUUCUUGCAGUUGUGGUCUCAAACCUCUCUUUCACAUCAGCAAUUUUUCUUUCUUUUAACCUUGUGUUUGCUCCUUCAUAACAUGCCAAAUUAAAUUUGCUGUCAUUCCUGUCAUGGUGAAGUCUUUUACGUCUCAUUCAUGUGUUUUUACAUUCACUGCUAAGCUCCUUGUCGUUGUUUCUUGUUAAUGUACAGUGUGAGCUUUAAGUUUUUUUUACAUAUUACAAAAUAUGCUGUAAACCCUGCUAGGACAUAAUGUGAAAACGUAUCAUUUUAAUAUAGUUCACUUUCGCUUGACUGUGUAUUGCAUCAUUUAAUAAAAUUUAAUUUCUUCUGA